AUGGUUUUCGUUUUUUCGAACGCUGUGGUUGUUCAGGGGACCAGAGCAAGGAGCAGCGCUCUCGGGAGGUGCUCCGCGCCUCGUCUUCCUGGUUUGGCUGGUUACCGCUCGAGGGGCUGUUCUCGUCGGGCUACCGUGCGAAUGGAGACGCCCGCUCCGCUUCGAAUGGAGGACGUCUGCUCUGUUGGUCGGAAACGCGAUCCAGAGACGGGUAACAUUCAAGGACGUGUGUUCGUUGUUCACGAUAACAUUGAUACAGACCAAAUCAUCCCCGCUGAGCACCUGAGCUUGCUGCCAUCGGUGCCAGCAGAGUAUCAACUGCUUGGCUCCCACGCGUUGGAAGGUCUUCCUCGAGAGCUCUAUCCCGAGCGUUUUGUUGAAGAAGGACAGUUAUCCACAAAGUAUAGCAUCAUUAUUGCAGGUGAGAACUUUGGUUGCGGAAGCUCCAGGGAGCACGCACCUAUUGCUCUUGGUGCGGCCGGUGCCAAGGCGGUCGUCGCGACCUCAUACGCACGUAUUUUUUUCCGCAACUGCUCAUCGACGGGUGAGCUGUAUCCAUGGGUAUCGAAGACGAGAUUAGUUGAGCACUUUAAGACCGGAGAUGAGGCCGUGAUUGACUUUGAGACCCUCAGCAUACGGAAUCUCAAUAGCGGGCAGCGUUUCGAACUGGAGCCGCUCGGUGAAAUCCAGCCUGUCAUUGAUGCCGGCGGUCUGUUCGAGUACGCUCGUCGGACAGGAAUGAUUAAACCUCGCUCACGUGCAUCGUGA